CCGUUAGAUAAAAACACAGUGAAAACGAAUCCUGACCGUCCACGGGGUCCACGCCUCUAUAAAUAAAGCUCUACGGCUUUUACUAACGAUAUUUUGUAUUUUGGGGAGUUAGUUGUUCUCGCUUCUGUGUUUGAUUGCUCGAGGAAGAACUGUGAGAUGGCUCGUACAAAGCAAACCGCACGUAAAUCGACGGGAGGAAAGGCUCCCAGGAAGCAGCUUGCCACUAAGGCUGCUCGUAAGUCGGCCCCUACCACAGGAGGGGUCAAGAAACCACACAGAUACCGCCCUGGAACUGUCGCUCUUCGUGAAAUCAGGAAGUACCAAAAAAGCACAGAGCUUUUGAUCAGGAAACUGCCCUUCCAGAGGCUUGUCCGUGAAAUAGCCCAAGAUUUCAAGACCGAUCUUCGUUUCCAGAGCCAUGCUGUCUUAGCUCUGCAGGAGGCUGCGGAAGCCUACUUGGUCGGGUUAUUUGAAGACACUAACCUUUGCGCCAUUCAUGCUAAGCGAGUCACCAUAAUGCCAAAGGACAUUCAAUUGGCCAGGAGGAUCCGUGGUGAGAGGGCUUAGGUGCUUUCAGCCUUGAAGAAUUAUGCUGAUCAUUGAUAAUAGAUUACAUAGCGGUAUUUUGGUCGUUCUUGUUAGCUGUAUGCUUUUAAAUUCGACUGUUAUGCGAAUUGUAGUAAGGUAACAUAUACAGUGAGAAUUGUGUGGGGACAAAGGUGGUGGUGGUGGUGGUGUUGGUGUAUGCAGUGGUUAAUGGAUGGAGGGAACCCUUCCAAGGUUUGAUGGUCUUAUUUGUUUUUUGUUUGUGGGCGAAGGGUUCUUAUUCAGGUACUUUGCUGAAUGCCCUAAGCUUUCAAUUCAAUGUUUUAGUUCGUCCGUCUUCUAAUUUGUGCAUUUGCUUGACCUGCUUAUGGAAAUUAACAACCCAGUGGAAGAGUUCUUUGAA